GUUCGACCGAACGAACGCCGCUAGAGAGACGCGCGCGCGCUUCUCACACCCGACGCCGACGCCCGAACCGAGUCGAACCGAAUCAACCCGAACCGAAACGGAACGGAAGUCGAGACCGAAACGAACCCGAACCGCAACGAAAACGAAAGGCCGAAGCGGAGCCGAAACCGCCAUAUUGUGUCCUGUUCAGAAAAUGCAAUAGAACCGUGAAGAAAUCGCUAUCGAUAUCGAUCGAUAACGACAGAAACGCGCGCGUUCAGCGACGCAGCAGAAAUCCCAAAACCGAACACACAUUUUUAGAACAUUUUCGAAAAAAACACUCUUCGUUUUUCCAAUGUGACAUAGUCGUGCCAUUUGUCCACACAGAGAGAUAGAUAGAGAGAGAGAGAGAGCGAGAGAGUGAGCUUGUAGCGAGCGCCGCCGCGCAGCAGCCGCCGCUCUGCCAGCAAUAUACACGGCAGUGCACACCGCGAGCUAUCUAGUAGAUAAAAAGUCGCCGACUUGCCGACAACUGAAACUGAAAUAACGCCAGGCCCAAGCCAAAGCCCAAGCGAAAAGCGACGAAAAGCGAUCCGCAUCGUGCCAAAAACAGCACUUGGGGUAAACCGCUCCAACCACCAGCAACAGUAGCAGCAACACAAAAAAAGAGCUACCACCCAACCGAUCCGAUCCGUUCAGAUCUAUUCGGAUCUGAUCCGCGCUUAGCAUUGGUACGUUCCGUUCCGUUUCGCUUACACUGUAUAGAACUCGUACGUAGGGUACCGCUCAGAUCUGAAAUCUUCCAUGGUCUGAAAAGUGAAUGAAAGAGUAUCUGAAGAAGUCUCGAAAGUAUCUAACUUGAAACACACUCUGGAAACAGCCUCGAAUUGUUGAAGACACAAAAUCGAAGGAAAGAAAGAAAGAAACAAACAAAAAAAAAAACAACCAAAAUUUAUACAACAAAUAUAAAAAACAAAAAAUCAAAUAAAUCCAAAUCGGCGCGCGAAACUCGCAUGUGUUAUCUAAUCGGCCAGAGAAAUAUAUAGUAGGACAAAAACAAAAGCAAAAGCCAAACAACACAACAAAAAGCAGAAAGCAGAAAGUAAAGUAAAAGAAAAGAAGCGAAGCGAAGGCAAAGAAAAAGAGAAAAGAAAAUCGAGUAGAAGCGAUCGAUCGCGCUACGCAAAAAGUCUAUAUCAAUACAGUUGUCGACUCACUCUCCGCGCCACACCGAACCGCAACGCAACGCACCGCACCGCACCGUGCCGCACCGCACUAUACCGUGCCGCAAGACGGCAACCCACACCGCAGAAAGCCCACCGCAAGGCCUCCCCCCAUCGACCAAUCCACCAAUCUGUCCCCCCCCUGAGAGCAGUACUCUCUGCUGUGUGUGUGUGCUCUGACCUUUGGUUUAUUUAUUUUUUUACUGUGUGUGGUUUUUAUUAAAAAACGUGCUUAAAUAACAACUGUAUCCGAAAGAAUACAUACUAAGUAAUACAAAUACAAAACGAUACAGUAUCCGCGGAUAAUCAACGAACGAAUCCCAGCAAACGACAGCCGACAGGAGAAAUGGCCAACAAGCAGGGGCCAAGUGUUAGUGGCAGUGGCAGUGGCAGUUCCAGUGUCAGUGGCAGCAUCAGUGGAGGCGUGGCCUGGGCCACAGCAACGGGCACAGUGCCGAAUCUGGAAAGCAGCAACAGCCGGAAAAGCUCCACAGACUCCACCUCCACCUCCGCCUCCGCCUCCACAUCCACCUCUCGCAACAGCAGCAACUCCAGCACCAGCACUACAUCCGCAUCUGCAUCUGCAUCCGCAUCACAGAGCUGGCCCAUGGGCCGGCUGAGCCAUCAGUUGCGCCACCUGCUCAUCGUGGGACUGUUGCUGUGCCUAACCGGCGGCCUGGUGGAGGGGCGACGUCAUGCCCCGCUCAUGUUCGAGGAGUCCGACACGGGCAGGCGAUCCAAUCGACCAGCGGUUACCGAAUGUCAGUUUGGAAAAGUUCUCCGUGAGUUGGGCUCGACCUGGUAUGCGGAUCUGGGACCGCCCUUCGGGGUGAUGUACUGCAUCAAAUGCGAAUGCGUGGCGAUACCCAAGAAGCGCCGCAUCGUUGCACGCGUCCAGUGUCGCAACAUUAAGAACGAGUGCCCGCCGGCCAAGUGCGACGAUCCCAUCUCGCUGCCCGGCAAGUGCUGCAAGACCUGUCCGGGGGAUCGCAAUGAUACGGAUGUGGCCUUGGAUGUGCCAGUGCCCAACGAGGAGGAGGAGCGCAACAUGAAACAUUACGCUGCGCUACUGACGGGCCGGACAUCGUACUUCCUCAAGGGAGAGGAAAUGAAGUCCAUGUACACCACCUACAAUCCGCACAACAUUGUGGCCACCGCCCGGUUCCUGUUCCACAAGAAGAACCUCUACUACUCGUUCUACACAUCGUCGCGCAUCGGGCGUCCGCGGGCCAUCCAGUUCGUGGACGAUGCCGGCGUCAUACUCGAGGAGCACCAGCUGGAGACGACCCUCACGGGCACCCUCAGCGUCUACCAGAAUGCCACUGGCAAGAUCUGCGGCGUGUGGCGCCGCGUGCCCAGGGACUACAAGCGCAUCCUGCGCGACGACCGCCUCCACGUGGUCCUGCUGUGGGGCAACAAGCACCAGUCGGAACUGGCCCUGGCCGGAAAGAUAGCCAAGUACACGGCCCUGCAGACGGAGCUGUUCAGCUCGCUGCUAGAGCCGCCCCAGAGCCAGCCCGGCGGCAAGUUCGAUCCGAUGCUGACCGGAGCCGGUGGCACAGCCAUCGUCUCGACCAGCAGUGGAGCUGCCUCCUCCAUGCACCUGACCCUCGUGUUCAACGGCAUCUUCGGGGCGGAGGAGUACGCGGACGCCGCUCUCAGCGUGAAGAUCGAGCUGCCGGAGCGCAAGGAGAUCAUCUUCGAUGAGGUGCCGCGCGUGCGCAAGCCCUCGGCCGAGAUCAAUGUCCUGGAGCUCUCCUCGCCCAUCUCCAUUCAGAACCUGCGGCUCAUGUCCCGGGGCAAGCUGCUGCUCACCAUCGAGUCGAAGAAGUAUCCCCAGCUGCGCAUCCAGGGGCACAUCGUGACCCGGGCCAGCUGCGAGAUCUUCCAGACCCUGCUGGCGCCGCACAACGGCGAGUCGGCCACGCGGAGCAGCGGCCUGGCCUGGGUCUACCUCAACACGGACGGGUCGCUGGCCUACAACAUCGAGACGGACCACGUUAACACCCGCGACCGGCCGAACAUCAGCCUCGUGGAGGAACAGGGCAAACGCAAGGCCAAGCUGGAGGACCUGACGCCCAGCUUCAACUUCAACCAGGCCAUCGGCAGUGUGGAGAAGCUCGGCCCCAAGGUGCUCGAGUCUCUCUACGCCGGUGAGUUGGGCGUCAACGUGGGCACCGAGCACGAGACGAGCCUCAUCCGGGGCCGCCUGGUGCCGCGGCCCGUGGCCGAUGCCCGCGACUCGGCCGAGCCCAUUCUGCUGAAGCGGCAGGAGCACCUGGCAGCAAGUGGCAGCAACCAGUCCGGACAUGCCAUGGGCAUGGCCUGGAUGUCCAUCGACAACGAGUGCAAUCUCCACUACGAGCUGACGCUGAGCGGAGUGCCGCCGCAGGACCUGCAGCUGUAUCUGGAGGAAAAGCCGAUCGAGGCUAUCGGCGCCCCGGUGACCCGCAAGCUGCUCGAGGAGUUCAACGGCUCCUACCUCGAGGGCUUCUUCCUGAGCAUGCCCUCCGCGGAGCUGAUCAAGCUGGAGAUGAGCGUCUGCUACCUGGAGCUGCACUCCAAGCACUCCAAGCAGCUGCUCCUGCGCGGCAAGCUCAAGAGCACGAAGGUGCCCGCCCACUGCUUCCCCGUCUACACCGACAACAAUGUGCCCGUGCCCGGAGACCACAACGACAACCACCUGAUCAACGCGGAGACCAAGUGCUUCCACUCCGGCCGCUUCUACAACGAGUCCGAGCAGUGGCGCAGCGCCCAGGAUGCCUGCCAGAUGUGCGCCUGCCUGCGGGGCCAGUCCAACUGUGAGGUGAUCAAGUGUCCGCCCCUCAAGUGCCGCCUCUCGGAGCAGUUGCUGCAGCGCGAGGGCGAAUGCUGUCCGAGCUGCGUGCCCAAGCGAGAGGCGACCGCCGUCUCGGACUGGACACAGCCCCAGGGAUCAUCCGUUUCCGUUUCCGCAUCCGCAUCCUCAUCCUUGCCGGCUGUUAAUGGCAGCGACCUGCUCCUGCAACAGCAGCGACGGGGCUGCCGGCUGGGCGACCAGUUCCAUGCCGCCGGCGCCAGCUGGCAUCCGUUCCUGCCGCCCAACGGCUUCGAUACCUGCACCACCUGCAGCUGCGACCCCCUGACGCUGGAGAUCCGCUGCCCGCGGCUCGUGUGCCCGCCGCUGCAGUGCAGCGAGAAGCUGGCCUACCGACCGGACAAGAAGGCCUGCUGCAAGGUCUGUCCCGAGGGCAAGCAGAGCAGCCCGGCCGGCGGCAAGGCGGCCCCGAACAAUCCCAACGUGCUGCAGGACCAGGCCAUGCAGCGCUCCCCGCAGCACAGUGCCGAGGAUGUCCUGGCCGCCGGCGGCUGCAAGGUGGUCAAUAAGGUUUACGAGAACGGACAGGAGUGGCAUCCCAUUCUGAUGUCGCACGGCGAACAGAAGUGCAUCAAGUGCCGCUGCAAGGACUCGAAGGUGAACUGCGAUCGGAAGCGCUGCUCACGAUCCACAUGCCAGCAGCAGACAAGAGUUUCCACCAAGCGGCGGAUCUUCGAGAAGCCCGACUCAGCGCCGACCCUGGACGAGUGCUGUUCGACGCAGUGCCGCCGCUCGAGACGCCACCACAAGCGCCAGCCGCACCACCAGCAGCGCUCCAAUGCCGCCGCCUCCAGCAGUUGAGCGCGGAUUGAGCCGGGAAAGCAGCCGAGAAAGCAGCGGGAAAGCAGCGGGAAAGCAACGGGAAAGCAGCCGGGAAAGCGAAGGAUUCUUGGGCCACACAAGCACACACACACACUCAGUGCGGUGUGGGCCGAGCCAGAGGCACCUACAUACACACAUCACAUAUACCCUGAUACACACCCCACACACACGUAUACACACACACACACAUACACACACUUAUGCGGUGUUGCAUAGAUCGUUGUUGUUUUGUGGCAACAAUGGAAACUUGUAUUAUAUAAACGAAUGAGAGCGGAAGAGCAGGAAAGAGCGAGAUCGACCCCAGAGAGCUCCUCCGGAGAUUAGCAGAGAGAGUAGAGAGAGAGAGAGGGAAACCCUUGGAGGAAAGCUCCUCAGAGAGGGCAGAGAAUCCUCUCCCCCAGAAGGAGAGCUUGCAAGAGAGCGAGAGAUUGAGAGAUAGAGAGAGAGAGUAAGAAAAACCAGUGCAGUUUUGCUUUAAAAUUCGCCAGAGCAGAAUUUUUCUUUGAAAAGCAUUUUCCGAAUUUCUUUUACCAAAUCCCACCCAGCCCACCUUUUCCCCCUCCCAAAAAAACAAACAAAAAAAAACACACAAAAAAAA